UCAGUUGCAGCAGCAUAUCUGGAUCUGUGUGCAGAGGAAAGUGUUUCUGCCAUCGGACAGCAUGAGAGCCUUCAUCCUGCUGGUGUUCCUGUCAGCGAGCUGCCUGGCUCAGAGACCCAAACCAUGCAAAUCCCCACGACUGCUGACUGGAACUGUGUCAGUGGCUACCCAAAAAGAGAAUCUGAUGGCCUAUGCCAAGUACACCUAUGACGCACUGGGACAGCGAAUCCGCCUCAGAGAGUUUGGAAGUUAUGACAAUAAGAGCUUCCACUUCGAUGUACUUCUACUCUUCCAAAAGGGUGUCAUGUACAAGAUAGAUAAGAAGAACAAAACAUGCUGCAAGAAGCCACUGAAGGCAGACUUUCACCCACUGGCCAUCCCAGAGGACGCUAACCUGCUAGGACAGGUGGUGCUGGGCAGCUCCUCUGGACCAGGGCAGGGGGUCCUGGUCAACUCAUGGGAAGGAGAGCUGCAGAUGAAGAAUAGAACAGCAAAGUACAUUAGCACCGUCACAGAGUUUGGAUGCGUCCCUAUCACCACCAUGUUUCACACCAGCAAAAGUGGAUGGAUGGUGACCAGCUUCUUCAACAACGUCAUUGGAUUAGUGGAGCCUCAAGAACUCAACCCUCCACGUUUCUGUAAGGACGCCCAGCUGGAGGAAGAGGAGGAUGAGGAUCCAGCGACCUUCUUCAGCUUGUUUUAAAACAGACUAUGUUUUAGAUAUGUGAUGCACUUUGAUGAUGAAUACUCUAAUAUGACUCUUUGCACUCUAUUGUUUUUUACUUGAGUAGCAGUCAUUGGUGUGGUAUAUCUUUGGGUAGAAUUCAUGACGCAAUUAAUUACAUUUGAAUCAAUACAAUUAUUGUUAGUUUUAUGUGUGUAUAACCAUUAGAUUGAAUGUAAGAAGUGAAAAAACCCACAAAAACAGUUGAAGUAAAUGAUAGGCUACAGUUAAAAAGUCACUUGCGAUGUAACAGUAAUAGAAAAUCAGAAAUCAAAUCAUUCAGAUUGUUUUUGUUUUUUUUGCUUGCUUUUGAAAUCUGUUUAUUAAGGUAUGUUCUACUUUGAUUUACAUGAAACCAGUGAAGGUAUGGCACAGCAGUGCAAAAGGCUAACAUGCACAUGAUGCUAAUGCUCAGCUGGGGGGCGUGUGGCGCAGUGGAUAGAGCGUUGGUGUUCGGAUCAGGGGAGCACAAGUUCAAACCCCACUGCAGUCAGCAUGUCGUUGUGUCCCUGGGCGAGACACUUCACCCCAGAUUGUUCCUGUGGGGAUUGCCCACAGUAUGUAAGUCGCUUUGGAUAAAAGCAUCUAACAAGAAACAUGUAAUGUAAUGGUAUGUUUCCCAUGUUCACCAUCUUAGUUAGUGUUUCUUAAUUAGCACUGAAUAUAAUAGCUGAGGCUGGUGGGAAUGUUAUUAACACUGCAUGUAUUUGGUCAUAAACCGUACUACUCAAACAGAGAUGUUGACCUACUGUAUGUCAGCACAUCCGCACUUGUGCAAAUUAAAGAUGAAAAUGUU